AUGUUUGAGGACUUUUCAUUCACUUCACCCUCCUCCCGGCCUGCGCGGUUGGCGCUUGAUGCAGAGGAUCGGCUCAUGGCCGACUGCAAUAGCCCGUUAAUCUCCCCGCUGUCCUCGCGGUGUUCCUCGCCCCAUCGACUCCGCACGCUUUCGCGCCCCCGAUCCUCCUACUUUCGCUCCCAGCAGCCUCCGACCUCCGUUCCCCUGGCCUACGAACAGAACCGUCUCUCCAUUUCCACGUUGACCCAGAAACUACAUGAGCAUACGAUCCAGGGGCCAAAUGGCGAGCGCAUUCCUGAUCAGGGGUACUUGGAUCGUGAAGGCGCCAGGAUCUCCCGGUACUCGGGAUACGUCUUAACGCCGCCGGAUACAGAUCACGAUGAAGAUGGGCGUUUCGACUCUUCCCCGUCACUUUGCUCAAAUCCUAGUCCCACUUCCGCGCCACCGGAUUUUCCCGCUCUAGAUGGGACGAUGCCGGAGCCCAAACUCCCAGAUCACCAGAAUAUCCGGCGACAACGACAACAUAUCUCCGAAAUGCAAUGUCACGAAGGCAAUGUGGACUCCAUCCGCCGCAAUGCCUACUCCGAUGACUCCUACCCACCAACCGUCCUCGAAGAUGACUGCCACCCCAGCUCUAUGCCGCACCGAUCCUCGCCACGUCGAAGAGCAGCCACCUUACACCGGAGUCGGUUUGGACCGCCGGACUCGUCGGUCGGGGUGGGAGAGGCACGGGGCCGAAGAAGGAGCAGCUCGGGGGCGAUGCAGUCGCAUCGGAUAGAGAAGGCCUAUCAUACGUUUAAUAGCCGAGAGGCUUCAAAACGGAAUGAACAGGGCCUGCGGAGGAAGAGUAUGGUGAGUGCCGCACUGGCAUCUGUAGUAGAGCGGCCUUGA